CGGCCAAUGGGGAGCGGGGCCGGGAAAGGAAGAAGGGCGGAAGCGGCGGCAGGAAGGGGCGGGGCUUGCCUCAGGAACCGGAAGCGCCGGUCUCCGUUGGAAACGCGGCCGGGGCUGCGGGCGGGAGCAGCCAUGGGGCGCCGCAAGUCGAAGCGGAAGCCGCCCCCCAAGAAGAAGAUGACGGGGACGCUGGAGACGCAGUUCACCUGCCCCUUCUGCAACCACGAGAAGUCCUGCGACGUCAAGAUGGACCGGGCGCGAAACACGGGCGUCAUCUCGUGCACCGUGUGCCUGGAGGAGUUCCAGACGCCCAUCACCUACCUCUCGGAGCCCGUCGACGUCUACAGCGACUGGAUCGACGCCUGCGAAGCCGCCAACCAGUAGCCGCUGCCGGGGGGGGGCCUUUUCGGGGGGGGGGCCAGGGCCUGUGGGCCCCCCUGUCCCCCCUCCCGUCCCCCCCCCCCCCACCAGGAUCUUUUUAUACUUCUGUUUUUGCA